AUGGCUGGACAAGGCAUCGCCAAGUCAGUUGGCAUUUGGGCAGGAGGCCUUCUCUUGGGGUUGAGCUUCCCAUAUCUGCCCAAGAUCGCGGCCCCUGAUCUCGCAACCUUUAUUGGCGACUUUCCGAUCCCCGACUACCCGUUCGCCCUGCCAUUCCUCAGAAACAGCCCCAAUGCAACGACGUCCACCCCCGAGGAGGUACCUUUUGUAUGCGACACCACCCAUACAUACCGGACCGAGCUAGUGUCGCUAGACCCGCUCAUCAUCUAUAUCCAUGACCUCCUCACGCAAACAGAGAUCGAUGCGCUCCUAAAGACGGCCGAGCCAAAGUUUGUGAGGUCCCAAGUCAGCAAAUACGGCCGACAGCAGGCAACAUCAGACCGGACGUCAAGCUCUGCAGGCCUGCCGCGUACCGACCCAGCGGUGAUGUGCGUGCUCAACCGAACGCGCACGUUUAUGGGCACCAUGCUGCGCGACGGGUGGGAUGAGAUGGGUCCACCACAGCUGGUCCGUUAUGGUGAAGGGGAGAAGUUUAAUAUGCACCACGACUGGUACAACGUACCGCAGCAGUCAGGAGACGACAGGCUGCGCAAAUGGAACCGUGUCGCGAGUUUCUUUGCCAUCCUCGAGGAUGCCUGCACCGGCGGAGAGACGUACUUUCCGUUCGCGAAGCCCAUCACCCUGCCGAGCCCGAAUGGGGAGAGAAUGUGGGGGGGUGAUGUCAAGCCGGUGGUUACGGCGGGAGAAGGAUCAGAGGUAGAGGGUGCGGAGGUGGCGGCCGCUCAGCCGCUGUGGAGGGAACAUGAAGAUGGAGGACUGGCGUUCCGGCCGGUGGCGAGUAAUGCCAUCUUUUGGGUGAACCUGCAUCCCAAUGCGACGGGCGAUGUGCGAACGCACCACGCGGGGUUGCCGCUGAAGAGCGGGAGGAAAACGGCAAUGAACAUCUGGCCGAGGCAGUACUAUGCUUACGAGUAA